AGGGGAGAGGGAGGGGGGAGAGAGCAAAGGACGAGCAAGCCCCACGCCCCACGGCGCGGCGAGGCGCACGCUAACAUCUCGGCCUCCGCCACCCGCUGCCGGACGGCCCCGCCUCUGCCGCAUUGCCGCGAGCCGCCGGGCCGGCACUCGCCGUCCUGACGCGAGAGGAAAGAGGCCCCUGAGCAGCGGGGGCCCUGGCUCGGGGCAGCCUGAGCCCCGCCGCGGGAUCGGAGGAGGAAGAAAGAGGUGGAGGCGGGCGGGCAUGUGCGAUCUGGUGGCCCGCACGGGCCGGCACCUGCAGCGCUACGAGGACGGCCGUCGCCUUGUGGCCGGGUGCAUACCGUUCAGAUAUAGAGACAUUAAAGAUGAACAAAAGAAACUUGUUGAAGUUCUCAUGAUCAACUCCCAAAGUGGACCUGGUCUUCUGUUUCCAAAGGGAGGAUGGGAGAAUGAUGAGACUGUUGAAGAGGCAGCUGCACGAGAAGCUAUCGAAGAAGCUGGAGUUCGAGGAGAUUUAGUGAAACUGUUGGGCUUCUAUGAUUUCAAGAGCAAGCAACCCGAAGGUAUGUGCAGAGCUGCUGUCUUUGCGCUGCAUGUGAAGGAAGAGCUGGCCUCCUGGCCUGAACAGAGCACCCGGCAGAGGAGUUGGCUCACAGUUCCUGAGGCAGCAGAGCGGAGUCGUCAUCCAUGGAUGCAAGAAGCCCUUGUUACAGGCUUCUCUGCCUGGCUUGAGAACUGGAGCAAUGGUGGUGGCUGUGUGGACCGAAGCGAAAGAUGACGACACCUAAAGCAUCAGGGGGCAUCUGCUUUUCUCUCUCCCCCUUUUACCUUGCUUGGACUAAACUUCCAGAACCUGACAUACCUGAGGGCUCUCUGAUGCUCGGUAGUUUGUUCGUUCACCCAUCAAUCAUUUCAGGACGCAUUCUAUUCUGUGCCGUCAACCGACCCGAGAAUUGUCGGAAUUGUAAGUUGCUGGUUCUCGCGGUCACCAGCUAUUUUACUCCUGACUCAACAUUUUAACACAAAUACUGUGUUGCACCUUGUUAUGGAAGUGUGCGUUUGUAAUGACAAUAUUGAAAGUUAUGGAUUGUCUUGUUGGUCAA